AUGCCACCGGCCAGGACACAGGCCGAGUACGAAGCGCAAGAGCAACGAAACAAACUUGCCAUUUCGUACCAAUCCCUCCUCAGCGAGUUCUCCUCCUCCGACCUCCACACCGUCGGCAACUACACCCUCGGACGGCUCAUUGGCAAGGGCAGCUUCGGGAAGGUAUACCUUGCCUCGCACAAGCUCACCAAUGGCUCCAAGGUCGUCCUCAAGUCCGCCAAGAAGGACGAUGCCAACCUUGCGCGCGAGAUCCACCACCAUCGCCAGUUCCUCCACCCACACAUCGCACGCCUGUACGAGGUUAUAGUCACCGAGAGCCUGGUAUGGCUGGUGCUGGAGUACUGUCCAGGGGAUGAGCUAUACAACUACCUGCUCAAUCAUGGCCAAAUGCCACCAGACCAGGUGCAGCGCAUCUUCACCCAACUCGUGGGCGCAGUCAGCUACGUGCACAACAAAGGAUGCGUACAUCGAGAUCUCAAGCUGGAGAACAUCCUCCUGGACAAGGCACAGAAUGUGAAGUUGGUGGACUUUGGCUUCACACGAGAGUACCAGGGAUCGACAAGCUAUCUGCAGACAUGGUGUGGCACAAUCGCGUACAGCGCGCCAGAGAUGCUGCGCGGAGAGAAGUACGCAGGCGAGAAAGUGGAUGUCUGGAGCUUGGGCGUCAUACUAUACGCGCUGUUGUGCGGAGAGCUGCCAUUCGAUGAGGACGACGAUGGCUCAACCAAGGCCAAGAUCUUAAUCGAAGAGGUCAACUUUCCAGAUCAUGUGCCUGAUCUAGCGAGAGAGCUGAUCAGAAAGCUCCUCUCGAAACGGCCGCUGCUACGGCCUUGUCUUGGUGACAUCCUCAAAGACCCCUGGCUUGCGGACCACGCGCCGCAACAGCAGGAGAUUCUCAAGCUCCAACAGCCACCGCCCUUCACGACCCAACUCGAGAAAGAUGUGCUCCAACGAAUGAAAGGUGCGGGCGUCGACAUUGACAUGGUCAUUGAACAUGUCCUAGCACAAAGAUGCGAUUCUCUGGCAGGCUGGUGGGCACUCCUGCUGGACAAGGAGCAAAGGAAAGAACGGCGUCGCGAGCGUAAGCGGAAAGAGCGAGAGGCUGAAGCCAAGUCCAUCAGGCGACUGAGCGCUGCUAGUGGCAGGCUACUGGCGCAGAGCAAUCUUGGAGAGAUACACGAGGGAGAAGAACACGUCAUUGGAGACUUCCCACGUUCGCGUGGUCGACGGAUGGAGCGUGCCAACGGACAUGCCAGCACCCUGCAGGCACCAGACUUGCCACGAGUUACGGAAACAAAAUCGCCGACUCCAGAAGGUCAGCCCAAGUCAAAGCCAAAGACAAGCGAGACCAGACAUUCUGCCAGCAGGUCACGAAGUCGGCCGGCGCCGCCACCUAAGGAUCACGGCAACCAGCUGACUCGACCACGCACAGCGCGCACUCGUACUACUUCGAGAGGUAGUCAAAGUAUGCUCCGGGUCGUGACCAAUAACCCAGAUCUGCUUAGUCCAUCCUAUGUGCCGCCUCCACAGCGCAAGCGGGCGAAGUUCUCCUCGACGCCCUUGAGGCAGCAGCUGGAAUGGGUCAAGCACUUCUUCAAGGAAGGCCCCCUAAAGCGUUCGAAAUCGCCCGAUGAAGGCGAGGACAAGAAGAAAGGGAAUGCCAACGUCAAACCCCUGCCGAAUGGUAAGACCGGGCAGGAGCAUGGUGACCUUCGAGAUCUGCAGCGGCGCUCAAUCGGUCCUAUCGCGCAGGCUCGACGUCCCAGCAAUGGGCACAGACCAGAUCUUCAGACCAGACAGACUCUACCUGCGCGGCCCAGGAUCAACACUACAUCGUCAACCGGCAGUGGAGCGAGCGCGAGAGGAAAGCGAACCAGUCUCAGUCCGCACACACUGACGCCUCAUUCGUCCUAUCGAAGGACCUCUGGACUGCGUGGCCGCAAGUCGACGUCUUCAUCGGUCUCAUCGAUUCGGAGCACGUAUCAGCAUCAGCCAAGCCACCAGCACACACAUUCGAAAGCUUCGAGUACGUCCAGUAACUCGAUAGCAUCACCUUCAGGACUUUCCUCGGCAUCGGGAUCAAGGCUCGGUAGGUCGCCGCACAGCUCUGUCAAAGUGCUACCAUCCACACCCACGACUGGCACAUUUCCUGCUGGGCUGCGCUUCCAGAGGCGACCACCACCUGCAGAUAUUGGCUCUCUCCCAGGCUUUGGCGGUGAAGGCAAAAGUGCUUUCGGUUCGCUACCGCCACCAUCAUCACCUGGCAUGCUAGUCUUUGCUCGUCGAAAACGUUCUGUGUUCAAAGGGCCAAUGAACAGCUCGCCACAUGGCCGCGGAGGCAAUCCAUCUGGGAGUCGGUCAGCGAGUGUGCAGGGUCGUCCUAGCGCUGAGAUGAUGCCUGGUCUUACGGAAGAGGACGAGGAAGAGGAUGAAGAAGACAUGGAAGAGUAUGAGGACAUCGACCAAUUCGGCCCUGAACUCAACCUUAACACAACUGAUCUUCCGUCAGACGAUGGCGGACUCGGCGUAGACACCGAGCCUGUCAGUCCACUCAGUCCAUUACCAGGUCACGAUGACAACCCUCUCGCAGCUGCAGGCGAAUGCGUAAUUGCUGGAACAGCCGGCGUGCCUCUCACUGCCGAAGCACUAGCCAAGCUGGACCUUGAAGGCGAGAAGGAAGCCGAAGAGCUUGAGAAGGAAAAGGAGAACCAAAAGCCUCCUGCAGUAUGA